AUGUCGCCUCUGCGCUCCCCGCGACGUCGCCAUGAGGAUCAGGUGUUGCGCGAGAUUGUGUGCCGCGGAGUUAAGGUCGCAGCUGAUCCUGUUAUUGCCAAGCACCUGAACAGGAACUACCUGCAGACUCGAGGCUGGGAAAGUAUGAAGGCCGAGUAUGGUUUGCGCAUCGUCGGAUAUUCCGGUGUCGCCCCAGUCUCUGAAUCCGGAGUGAAAUAG